UUCGCCUCGCACAACUCUUCGAUCCGUGGUCGUCGCUUUGGUCGUCGUCGCCGUUCAUUGCCCUACAUUCAUUUCAUUCACCUCCAGUCAUUCCUUAUUCAACACGUUCGUUCAAGACCGACAUUGCUGUGGCGACGAACAUUGGACAUCAACAAACACCGUAUUCACCAAGGAAAUCCCACGACAAUCAGCAGCCCUUGCGCGACGAACAUUUUCUCAACCGAUUUCGACGUGAACGAAUUCGGACGAAACAACGACAUUCGACAGGACUGAACAUUGAAACAUCAACAUGAAGUCUUUCAUCACCGCGGCAGCAUUGCUCGCUGCUACGGUGUCCGCCGAUUUGUGCCAAGAGGGCGUCGAAGAUACCAAUGGCAACUUCUUCUGCCAAAAGGUCAACGCCAUUACCUACACUGGUGUAGGUCACGAUGGCUCCUACAACAAGAUCACCAGCAUGGACCCAACCACUGGCGCAUGCAGCAGCGCCCCAUAUGGAUACAGCGGUAGUCUCUCGCCUCUCGACGAGGAGGUCUCCAUUCAUCUACGCGGCCCCAUGCUGCUGAAGCAAUUCGCUGUUUACAUGCCACACAACUCGUCCACUUCACCACCUCCAGCAUCCAAGGCUCGCCGCCAUGUUCACGACAAGCGACACGGUCACGCACAUGCGCACAUGCACAAGGAGAGGAAUGCGGAGGAGGAGAAGCGUGCUCUGGGCGAUAUCGUGUCCGCACUGAUUGAUGGAAAAUGGCAGACGUGGGCGAACAACUACAAUGGUGGUGCCGCCGCGGCUGCCGCUCCCGCUGUCGAAACUGGCGCUCCUGCUGCUGCUCCUGCUCCUGCUCCUGCGCCUGCUCCUGCGCCUGCUCCUGCUCCUGCUCCUGCUCCUGCUCCUGCUCCUGCUCCUGCUCCUGCUCCUGCUGCUGCUCCUGCUGCUGCUGCUGUUGAGCCCGUCGCGAACAGGGUGGGUAGUGGCUCAUCGUCGUCCGACUCCGGUGAGAAGUCAGACCCCGCCGACGCAACCGGCAACUGGGCCCGUCAAGCCUACUACAACUCCGAAGCCGGCAUCGCCGCAGGCCUCGUAUUCCUCAAUCACCAAGGCGGCGAUGGCUCCGGCACCUGGGACAUGACAUACGGCAACUCCCUUUCCUACGCUAGCAAAGACGGCACGGCGGGCGCUCCAUCUCCCCAAAUCCUCGCAGACACCACCCUCGCGUCCUCCACCGAAAUCGUCAUCAUGACCGAUCAGCCCUGCACCGACGGCAGCUGCGGCUACACGCGUCCCGACACCGUCGCACACCACGGCUUCGACGGACCCAGCAAAGCCUUCUUCUUCGAAUUCGGCAUGCCCGACGACGGUCAAGGCGGUGCUUCCGAGUACGACGCUGUUAACAUGCCCGCCAUUUGGAUGCUCAACGCACAGAUCCCGCUCACUCUGCAAUACGGCGACCCGAAAUGUUCGUGCUGGACCACUGGCUGCGGUGAGUUUGACGUCUUCGAGGUGUUGGCUGCAGGCGACACGCGGUGCAAGAGCACCCUACACGGAAACGUCGCGGGUGGCGACAGCGACUACUUUGAGCGCCCGACGAACGGCACCAUCAAGGCUGCGCUGCUGCUGUUCGACGAUAACAUCCACAUCAAGAUUUUGGACGAUAGCACUGAGUUCGGACCGAAUAUGGGGACGACUUUCUUGAAGGAGAUGGCGGCGGAUACGAUGGAGGAUUCGGUGGAGAAGUUGGUGAGUUUGUUUAAGCUUGGUGGAUAG